AGUUUUUGCAGUACUUUGUGUGACAAGAACAAUCAAUUGUGUUGAUUGGACACUAAACUGUUCCAUCGGAUGUCACUGUAAAUGGAUGAAUGGAAAGAAAUCAGCAUUGUGCAAUUCGCUGAACUUGACGCAACUUCCAGUAAACUUAUCGACCGAAAUCCAGGUGCUGAUGAUGAACGAAAAUAACAUACAGACAUUGAAUCGUGAGGAGUUUACGACACUCGGUCUGAUAAAUUUACAGAAAAUAUUUCUAAAGAAAUCAAAUAUCAAAUAUUUGCAUCGAGAGACAUUUAAGGAUUUAAAAAUACUCGUCGAACUCGACUUGAGCGAGAAUCAAAUUGAACAAUUGGAUAAGCAAACAUUUGCGGGCAAUGAUCGAUUGAGGAUAUUGUUAUUGUAUGGUAAUCCAAUAAAGAAACUUAUAGCGGAUCAAUUUCCAUCCUUGCCAUAUUUACGGACAAUCGAUUUGCACAGCUGCGACAUUUACAGCAUUGAUGAGACGUCAUUCUCGAAUGUUGAGCUACUAGAAUAUAUUGAUUUAAAACAAAAUCAACUACAGAAUCUGCCCGGUUUGGUAUUUAAUCAUAUGAAAAAUUUAAAAACUCUCCUACUCGACGAGAAUCCCUGGAAUUGUGAUUGUAAAUUGAAAAGUUUUCGUAAUUGGUAUGUGAAAAACAAUCUAAAUAGAAUAAGUUUACAAUGUAAGUCGCCAUAUAGUCUAUUAGAUCAACAUUGGGAAAAUAUUCAUGAAGAUGCCUUUGGCUGUGCUCCAAUCUUAAAGAUAUUGAAUGAGGAUGUAAGCUUAAGUGAUUUAGAAUCAAACAUUACAUUUAAGUGUUACACGACGGGCGAUCCACCACCAACAAUUGGUUGGUAUUUAGAUGGUAAAGAGAUUGAUAAUGAUAAUGUUGUAAUUGAUAAUGAUGAUCCGAUGCAUUCGAAUAAUAAUAAUCCAUCAUUGCCGCAAGUUUCGUCGGUUGCAAUAAAUAGUAACAAUAUUGCUGUCAGUGGAAUCAACAAUAAUAUAAUUAGCAUCAAUAACAACAUCAACAACAAUAACAUCAAUAAUAACAAUAUUCACGGAAAUAGCAAUGGUAAUAAUAAAAAUAAUAAUAAUAAAAUAUGGAGUAAUUUAUCAAUAUACAACAUAACGAAUUUAAAUGCUGGCUUUUAUACAUGUUUCGCACGAAAUGAUUUAGGUUAUGCAAGUCAGAAUGUAUCACUACUAUUGCCCGAAGUCGGCUAUGAGCAUGUGCUGAUUAAGAAUAAUGAUAAUUUCUGGUACUUUGGCCUCGUUGUAGGCAUCUUCGGGACAAUCACAUUCUUUUUACUUAUCUCCAUAGUAUUUUGUGUGUGCCGUAAAGUUGCGAUGCGUCGUCGCAUUAAAAAGAAUAUAAAAGGUAGUGUGAGCUUUAAUGACCAAGAAAAGAAGCUAUUAGACUUGAGUAUAACGACAACAAAUGAUCGUGAUCGAGAUUAUGGUGACAUGUUGAAUACACCGUCGUCGGCAACAAACAAAACUGACUCAUCAAUAAUUGCACUUGAGCCUGUACAAAUAACAAUUGAAAAUUUUCAUCAUCCACAUAAUUUACAGCAUCACCUGCAGCAACAUCAUCGUCGUAUGGGUGAUGAAUAUAAUCCAUAUAAUCAAUCCAUUGCUCUUUUUCCGCCACCUCCACCCGAAUUUUGUACAUCAGCGACAACGACUCAAUCGUCACUGUCGGCUAUUGCCGGGGUGCCAACAUCAACGACAUCAUCAUCAAUAAUAAAUGGUCAAUUAUAUCAACAGGAGCAACAUCUGAGACACAAUUUACCUCCAAUCGUUGCUAAUGCCACGGGCAAUAGUGUUAAUGUACAAAAUUCAUCAUCACUACAAAAUCAACCGCCAUAUGGCAAUAUAUUCAUUUCUGUCUCACUGACACAAGAUUCAUUAGAUAAUGAUCUUAAUAUGUAUCCAGAUUUAUUAAAUAUAGUACCAAAUCGUAUGAAAAGUUCAUCAACAGCCAAUAAUUUAUCAACAUCAUCGUUACAACAAUCGUCGACGAAUGUCUCAACAGCGAUCGUACCGACAUCGCAGAUUGUACCGAUCAAUAUAGAGUCUUAUGCGACACUACCAAGAAAUAAGCUCUUAAAUGCUGGUUCAAAAACACCUGUGUCGAUACUGAAGCAAACAAAGAAAAAUUAUGAUAAGCCGAGGAUGUUUGAGACUGAUGUUGAUUGUAUGGCGGGAUUAAUAAUAAGUAGCAGUGGCGUAUCAGCCGAUAUAAAUAACAAAUGUGUUUCAUGUAGUUUCAAAAGUGAUAAUAUGGGAUUACGUGUAACGGCUUCGGGCAAUACGUCGAUUGGUGGAACUGCUGCCUCAUCAUUGUCAAUACCAGACGAAGAACUUGAGGAUGAAGAGGAGUUACUUAAUCAUGAUAGUGAACAAUCUAAUCAUCAUUUAACAUCAGCACCAUAUCAUCAUCAAACGGAGGAAUUUGAGCAAUUAUCACCGUUACCACCGCCAAAGGCAAAUCAACAACCAGCAUCGGGAGCAAUUCUCAUGCCCAAUGACUUCGUAUCACUCUAGAUAAAUUUUUCAUAUUUUCCUUUUUACUUCUUUUCGUAACUUAAAUUCUCUGUGACUUUCUCGUUCCACUGACUACUUUUAUACAACAGAUCUCACAUUGUUGACGUGAUGAAAUUUUUUUUAUGUCCGUUAUUUACUUUUUCCGGUUUUUCUUCAUCGUCGUCUAUCUUCUCUUCUUUUAUCAUGGAAAAGGCAAGCGAAGUAUUGCACACAACCGUCCUAUUCGGAAUGUAAGAGAAUUUCUUACAAAUAAUAGAGAGUGCCAGAAAUUGUCCGAAUGAAAUUAUGUAAGCCUUGAUUUAUGCAAAAUGACUUUAGCGCAUUUUUGCUAAUAAAUGGAAUUAAUCUCAAUAGGAGAGUAAUUUUGAAUGUCUUGAAGAAAAGUUUUUGGAUGUGGAGUCAUCAAAUUAGAAGAAGAUUUUUAUGAAUCAAUGAGAUUUGG